AUGAACAGUAAUUUCUGUCGAGCUCUGGUGGACCACGGGUCACCGGGAGGCAUACAGCUGGGUGUCGUGGCCCCUGCAGGACAGACACCGCUGCCAGCCACUGAGCCCCUGGGCAACGUACCCUUUCUACUGUACCCCGGCCACUCUGAGCCGCCUUACUACGACGCCUACGCUGGGGUGUUUCCCUACGUGCCCUUCCCCGGCGCCUUCGGGGUUUACGACUACCCGUUCGAGCCCGCCUUCAUCCAGAAGCGCAACGAGCGGGAGCGGCAGCGGGUCAAGUGCGUGAACGAGGGCUACGCGCGCCUCCGUGGUCACCUCCCGGGCUCUCUGGCCGAGAAGCGGCUCAGCAAGGUGGAGACACUGCGCGCCGCCAUCCGCUACAUCAAAUACCUGCAGGAGCUGCUGAGCGCCGCCCCCGACGGCGCGCCACCCGCCGCCACCUCCCCGCCGCCCGCCCACGCGGGCCACGACAACGCGCCGCAGCCCCCCUCCCUGGAGUCCAGUGGGUCCGCCUUUUCCUCUUCGCCUUUUUUGGAGUCGGAGGAAGCCAGCCUUUGA